AUGUAUCAGGGGAAUCUGAAGUGGCAACCCAACCUAGAUGAUGAUCAUAAUGCGGAGUCUAGUGAUUUGCACAAGACUUCUAAUGCAAUAUCUGAGAACUCUGAAGAGGGCGGCGAGAUUGAGAACUCAGAAAAGCUCAAAAUGGUUCCUUUAAACGGUAACGAAGAACUCCGAGAAAAAAGAAGAUCUUGGGCUUAA